UACGCACACAACACAUAAACAUUUAUUCAACACAAUAACAAAAACAUCUUCAUAACCUCUCAAUUUGAUUUUGUUCUAUAAGAAAGAAACACACACUUCAUGGGAAACACAACUUCGUUUUCUUGCAUUCCUACUAAUAAUUGCACUAGUUUUGAGUUUGUUAAUGAGAAAGUAAUAAAGAGUAAGAAGAAAAAAGCGACGUUGUUGGAUACUUGCGGAAACAUUCGAGAGAUCAAGCUUCCGAUGAAAUCAGCGGAGCUUAUGAUUGAACUUAUCGGACAUGUCAUCACUCCGGCUGAAGAUCUUCUUAGAACGCAACGGAUUAAGGCUUUGCAUGCCGAUGAGGAGCUUGUAGCCGGGAAGGUUUACCUGGUGGUGCCGGUGAGUAGGGUUAAUUCUAAGGCUUCGGAGUUUGAGAUUGCGGUUGCUGAUCAGAAGAAAGUGAGUGGAAAAAGAAAGGGAAAUAAAAUGGCGAAAGUUUCUCCGGUGUCUAAGUUAACAGAAAAUGAUGGAGGCGUUUACUCAGUCCGUCAAAGGCGAUGGAAUCCUGUUUUGGAUCCAAUUUUUGAAUCAGCUUGAUUGCAUAAUGAAUUUUGGCCAACAAUUUUUAAACGUUGCGAUGAAACUUCUAGUAGUGUUUUUUUUUAAUUAAAUGUAGUGUGCUUUGCAAACUCUGCAAUUAGAUUUUUUUUUUGUUCUUACUAAUUUUGUAAUUAGGGAUGAGAAAUUUUACUAUUGCUCAAGCUCAAGAGAACGUAUAUUACUUUGUUUAA